CGAUUUUUUUUUUUUUAGAAAAUCAAAACUUGCGGAUCCCUAAUCUCAAGAAUCACUGAUUCAAUAAUUCACUAUGAUAUACUGCUGAAAUAAAGUAAUGUAGUCAGUUCACACAGCGUGAAUGUACUUAAGUGAAAAACUCUGAUUCACAUUUCGGUUUAGCGGCGAAUGUGUGGGAGGUUGUGUAAUGCUGCGGUAUAUAUCUUCACAAGAAAAACACAGCCAACAAUUUUGUACAAAUGUCUGAUUGUACCCUCUCUGCAGGAGGUGCCAGGUGCUUUUAACUGGUGAAAAUAGCAGAAAACCAGGAAAUGAAGCGGAAAUACUUUUUUUUUUUUUAAAGAGAGCAUAAUGAAUGCAACAUGCUUAAUUUCAUUUCUUGGAAGAGAGGCGCCUUAGCGGAAAGCCGUACUUCCUCCGGGGCCGGAAGACGCUCCACCCCUUCGCUCUGAUUUCAGCGGUAUAAAUGAAUGAAAGCGAGUAGGAGUCCAUGCAAUGCAGCGGAGUCUGGAGCAGGUUAUGGUUGCUGUGAAACCGGGCUCACGCCGCCUCCGUCAGUGGCUCAUCGAGCAGGUCCACAGCCUCUCGUACCCGGGUCUUUCCUGGGAAGAUGAGGCCCGCACCAUGUUCCGCAUCCCCUGGAAGCACGCCGGAAAGCAGGAUUACAACCAAGAGGUGGACGCCUCCAUAUUCAAGGCCUGGGCAUUGUACAAAGGUAAGUUUAAGGAGGGGGACAAGGCUGAGCCAGCUACCUGGAAGACCAGACUGCGCUGUGCGCUGAACAAAAGCCCCGACUUUGAAGAGGUGAGCGACCGGUCUCAGCUGGACAUAUCGGAGCCCUACAAGGUGUACAGGAUCAUCCCAGAGGAGGAGCAACGAUGCAGGAACUCAGCCAACCUGAGGGACGGCGCGUGUGCGGAGGUCACGGAGGUCACGGACAUGCAGCGCAGCCCGUCAGAGCUGCAGGAGCUCAUGGAGGAGGCUCCUGAGGAUUAUGUGGGCAGCCUGACAGGGAGCCCCUCACCAGACUGGGACCCCAGUGUCAUUCCACCCAGUGAAGACCGCAGCCCACCUCACUUGUCCCUACUUCCCCCUACCUCCAUGCCAGCUUUUGAUGAAGCCCCGUCAGCAGUCACCAUCACCUUCUUCUACGGGGGGCAGCUGGCGGGUAGGACGUUGUGCAGCCACCCAGAGGGCUGCCGCAUCACCCCCAAUCUGGAGAAGCCACCCCUGAGUGCUGGCGGCCUGCAGAAUAUUGGCUUCCCCCCCAUCGACGGCAUCGAGGCCGAGCGGCAGCGCCACCUCACCCAGAAGCUCUUCGGGCACCUGGAGCGCGGCGUGCUGCUGCAGGCCAGUCACGCGGGCAUCUUCAUCAAACGCCUGUGCCUGAGCCGCAUCUUCUGGAGCAGCGCCUACGCACAGGGCGGCCCCGGGCCCCGCAAGCUGCAGCGGGAAACCGUGGUCAAGAUCUUCGACACCAACCAGUUUCUGCGAGCUCUGCAGGCCUUCCGGGACGGCCUGUACCCCGCGCCAGACCCCACCGUCACCCUGUGCUUUGGAGAAGAGCUUCAUGAUGUCAGCAGUGCCAAGAGUAAGCUGAUUGUGAUUCAGAUCACACCCAUGAACUGCCAGCAGCUACUGGACACUGUCAGCAGCCACAGGUCCUUACAGGGCAGUGGAAACCCAGAGCUUCCAGCAGAAAUCCAUAGUGAGCAGAACGCACAUAUCUUCCAAGACCUGUGUACCUACGGCAUGCAACAGCCGUGCAUCUGGGAGCACCAGCCAAUCACAGUGUGAGCGUGCCGUAACCUGCCAGCAGAGGGCAGGAUGACUCAAGACUGUUCUUCCUCAACCUGUAAUUAAAGCUAUUGAUAAAACUAAUAUAUUGUGAAAAGCUUAAUACAUAGAGUAUAUUCUAAUUGCCAAAAAGGUUGUGUAAUGACCAGCUACUCAUGUUACAAUAAAAGCUUUAUUUUCUUUA